AUGUCCGGUUAUACCACAGAAGCUCAGCGCGGAAACUGCGGAGGUGUGGUGACUCGAGAGAUUGCUGUCACAAUGGACUCAGGCUUCCUCGCGAUACACAUCACUGACAGGAACAUAUUCGAAGUCGGUCUCGUCGAGUUUGCGCCCAAUCUGUCAAUUUUCAUCUCUCGAAUCAGUUCUCAGAAAGAAGAUAAACGCUGGUCGGGCGCCACCAAGGAACAAAUGACAUGA